AUGAUACGCACUCACGCACAACGUUCCCGUAAUAUAUCGCCGUCUCAUUGCUCCAACAAAAAUGACAAGAAUAAAAAGGUGUGCCAGGAAGGUAGCGCGCGAUGGUGUGGCGGCAUGAGUCAACUGCAGGAGGAUGCAGAGGAUGAUGUCGAAGGAGGAUACAUAUCUAGCGACGAGUCAGCACACGGCGCUGAUCUCGCUGAACGUCUGAGGGUCAAACCUUCUAAAGAUAUAUGGGAACUGGACGAGAUACAGUACACUUUACGGCUACUGCCGUAUUCAGAAGAAAUAUCAGUACUUAUAGGUAAUGGGAAUUACGAUGAAACAAUACAGUUUGCCUCCGAGGCUGAAGGCGGAUUUGGCCUACGAACAGCCAUCCUUUGGGCCUGUUGGCUCGGAAAGAGUAUUCUGCUUUUUAAAUUGCUAAAAAUGGGUGUUGAUCCCGAUGAACUAGACGAUGCCGGAAGGACAUGUUUACAUUUAAGUUGUUUAGUUGGAAGCGAAGAAUGCGUGAAGCUUCUACUCGACCACGGAGCGCACCCGAAUACAUGGGACUCGUCUACAGAAACAAAAGCGACGCCUCUCCAUUGCGCAGCCAGCGCCAAAAGUUUAGCUUGCGUAAAGGUGUUGAUAGCUCAUGGUGCUGACGUAAAUGCCGGUUUAAGUGACAGGUCUCCGUUACAUUACGCCGUCCUCAGCGAUGCACCGGAAGUUGUGAAGGAAUUAUUAGAAGCGGGUGCGUGCCCCGACACGCCACAGGUAUUUACGGAAACACCUUUGCACGUAGCGGCAUCGUUGGGGUCGGCUUCGUGCACUAAAUUGUUGUUGAAUGCCGGUGCUGAUGUCCGAGCGGCUAUGGGCCCGGGGAAGGCCACGGCACUGCAUCUAGCCGCCGAGGACGGUCACGCAGAAUGCGCGCGUUUGUUACUCGAUCACGGCGCACACAUAGACUGGCCCAAUUUCCGGGGACAAACACCCCUUCAUCUCGCUACUUUAGCGCAGUCACUGGAAGUGGUAGAGAUGCUUGUGGACAGAUGUGCCGAUGUCCGUGCCAAGGACGCAGACGGCAGAACUCCUUUACACGGCGCAAUCGUUAGAGGAGCUCGGGCUUGCGACAUUGCCCGUUUACUUCUCUCUGCAGGGGCCGAUCCUAACGCUUCUGACAAUUUCGGCUACACACCAUUGCACAUUGCUGCACUGAAUGAAUUCUCGGCUUGCGUUCUAUUGCUGUUAGAUUACGGGGGCGACUUAACACUUCGAACAAACGGAGGCGUUUCAGCACUUUCUUUCAUCGUACGAAGAGUGCCCGAUGUUAUUCCUCGUUAUUUGUGCAAGUUCGACGACGCUGUACACGUGAGCGAGCAUGAGCUCGGAGACGUGGACUGCGAGCUCACCAUUGACUUCAGACCCCUCGUGCCGUGUCUAACGAGAGGAGAAGCCGAACUAUUGCUUGCAUUUGUUGAGGUUGGACAUAAAGACGUAUUAAAACAUCCGGUGGCUGAAACGUUUCUGUUUUUGAAAUGGCGCAGAAUCAGAAAGUUUUUUGUAUUAAGCUUUAUUUAUCACGCUAUAUUCAUAACUUUAUACAGUCUUUAUAUUCUGCAAAUAUUCCUAUGUGAAAACGCUACGUGUAACGUGCCUUCUUAUCUUCGCCCAGUUCAAUAUUUGAUACUUAUCUUGAACCUAUGUUUUUUGGCCAAAGAAAUAUUUCAAGCAUGUCAAGAUUGGUCAGCUUAUAUCCGGCAGUGGGAAAACUGGUUGCAAUGGCUAAUUAUCAUAGGAGUGUUUUUGUGUACGAUACCGUACUGGGACGUAGACAAUGGGGUUUUAAGAACAAACACAACGAACUGGCAGCACGACGUGGCUGCAAUUACCAUAUUUUUCUGUUGGCUGGAACUGAUGAUGAUCAUCGGAAGGUUCCCUACUUUCGGUCUUUACGUCCAGAUGUUUACUACAGUUACGGUUAAUUUUGCCACAUUCCUCCUGGCGUACAGUUGUCUCCUCAUUGCUUUUGGUCUAGCUUUUAGCGUGCUGUUCAGCAACUACCCCGCAUUCCAUUUACCGGCUGGUUUAGUCAAAACGGUCAUGAUGAUGUCAGGAGAGCUUGAAUACGAGGAUAUAUUCUACAACAACUGCACAAAUUCUGAGAUUUACUAUCCUCUGACGGCACACAUUAUGUUCCUGAUAUUUGUACUACUUGUUACCGUUAUAUUGACAAAUCUACUAGUUGGUUUGGCUGUUAGUGAUAUCCAGGCGUUACAAGAGGGUGCUGGAUUGGAUCGGUUGGUGCGUCAAACACAAUUGAUAGCUCAUCUCGAGGGAAUGCUGUUCAGCUCACUGUUAUCAUGUGCGCCUCAGCAGUUGCUGACUGUUUUACGUUGGGGAGCAUUACUGACGGCGACGCACAUGCGCACAAUUAAUAUUAGACCGAACGAUCCUAGAGAGAAUAGAAUACCGAAGGAAUUCAUAUCAGCUAUCUACAAGAUGGUGGCAAGUCGAAAGAAUACGAAAAGAAGUGUACGAAAAAAUAACAAUUACGAAUUUAGAAUAAGGAGAUGCCCGGAAGAGGAAACAAUAUCAAAACCAGAAAUCGUUAAACGAAAAAGCAAUUUAUAUGACAGAUUCUCAUUUGACAGUCAACAGGUGGAAAGAAGGAAGCGACCUACUUCAGGAUCGAAUACUGACAGCAGGAACAGACCCCCUUCAUUGACGAUCAACGCUAUACAGGAAAUAUGCAUGGUUGAUAUAAAAAGCCAACUUCUUGAACUAACAAAGAAAGUUAAUAAAUUACUUGAAGGUACAGAAGCAAGAUUAAAUCAAAUCGAAAGCAAACUGAACGGACAGCUGCCAUAA